CAUGUGAUCUCCACUCUGCCUUGGAGCCUCAGACAAACCUGGUUGGUCCUCUAGUGUUUGUGGAAGAGGCAUUUUAUAUGGAGAGCCAUGGCGUCUGCUGAUCUGAGGAAGGAGCUGGAAUGUUCCGUCUGUCUGAACAUUUAUACAGAUCCUAUAACCCUGAGAUGUGGACACAACUUCUGCCGGGACUGUAUUGGUCGUGUGUUGGAUGCACAGGAGGGGUUUGGAUGUUAUUCCUGUCCUGAAUGCAGAGAACAGUUCCAGGAUUGUCCUGCACUGCACAGUAACAUAACACUGCGUAACAUCGUGGAGAAUUUCCUGUCUUCUCAGCCACAUCAGGAGGAGUCCGGGGCCUUCUGUACUUACUGUAUUCACACUCCUGUACCUGCUGUGAAAUCCUGUCUGCAUUGUGAAGCUUCUCUGUGUGACAAUCACCUGAGAGUCCACAGCAAGUCACCAGAACAUGUCUUAUGUGACCUCACCACUUCCCUGGAGAACAGGAAAUGCUCCGUCCAUAAGGAACUACUGAAGUAUUACUGCACUGAGGACUCCACCUGUAUCUGUGUGUCCUGCAGGCUGGAUGGAGAACAUCGGGGACACCAGGUGGAGACUCUGCAUGAGGCCUCUGAGAUUAAGAAGAAGAAACUAAAAAAUAUUCUGCAGAAACUGAUGACAGAUAUAGAGGGGACGGAGAAAAGAGUCCAGAGUCUGCAGGAACAGAAGAGAAAAGUCCAGGGAAAAGCAGAUGAUGAAACGGAGAGAGUCACUGUCCUGUUCAGAGACCUCAGGGGACGUCUUGAAGACCUGGAGAAGAGAAUCCUGAGUGAGAUCUCCGGGCAGGCACAACGGGUCUUUCUAUCACUGUCUGAAAUGAUCCAACAGCUAAAAAGAAAGGAGGAGAAGCUGUACUGUAAGAUGGAUUAUCUCGAGGAGCUGUGUAACAUGAUGGAUCCACUGACUGUCCUACAGGAAUCAGACACAGGUGACUUGUGUGAUACUGAGGAUGGAGAUGAUGAGGACAGAGAGAGACACGAUGAACUCCUCCAUGAUGGAGGGGACCUGGAUGUGGCGGGGAUCUCACACACAUUACACACAGGUUUAUCUGAUAUCAUGUCUGGGGUAAAUGUCGAGAAAUGUACAGACACAGAGGUCUAUCCACAGUACAUAUCUGUUGCAAAAGGCAAAAGUCACACCAAUGCUGAACCAUCCAGAAAACGCCUCAAAUUCACCCCCACCAAACAACGCUCACACGAGGAGGCUGGAGGACCAAAUAUUGGGGCUGUACAGCAAACAUGGGGGGUGUUGGGGGUUACAGACAUAUUACUGAAAGUGAGGACAGCUGGUAAUUAUCUCCACAUAUCAGAUGACAUGAAAACCGCAUCCUCAUCAUCACAUCAGAAUCGCCCAGAAAUACCAGAGAGAUUUCAGUGUCCUCAGGUGAUAAGUAGUCAGCGUUUCUCCUCAGGAAGACAUUGCUGGGAAGUGGAUGUUGGGGGUUCUGUCUACUGGAAAGUAGGAAUGUGUUACCCCAGUAUAGACAGGAGAGGAGUCCAGUCUUGGAUUGGAUGUAAUAAGAAGUCCUGGGGUUUAGAGAGGUUGUGGGGUGAUGAAUACUUAGUGAUGCAUGACAGAAAGGAGACCCCAUUACCUGGCCGUGUCUCCAGUGACAGAGUCAGGAUAGAUCUGGAUUACGAGGCCGGGCAGAUCUCCUUUUAUGAAUUGUGUGACCCGAUCCGACACCUCCACACCUUCACCACCACAUUCACUGAGCCCCUCCAUGCCGGGAUAGGUGUAUGGAAAGGUUUUAUAAAAAUAUGUGAGAAAUCUUCCCAAAGACUGGUGACACCACAGGGUGGGGAAUCUGAUUGGUUCAAUACUCAGCCAAGAAGAGAAAGCAGUGAACAAGAACCAACAUAACUGAUUUAUUUUAAAGCUUCAGGCUCCGGGGGCCAUCAUCUUCAUCCUAAACCUCACUUCACUACCUAGUGUGUCACUGACCGGGAGCAAGCUUGCAGGAGAUCAGAUUGUUCAUGAUUCACUGACUGCAUGUUCUGCAUCUGUGAAACAUGAAGUAGUGCAACCAGAAUUGAGAUGACAGCCCCUGGAGCCUGCGCCUUUAUGCCUCGUACACACUAAAAGUUUUUCCCAACGUAAUUUCUCUCCAGCCUGCCUUGCAUACAGACGUUCAUGCCAAAUCCCGCCCGACCAAAGCGCGGUGAUGUACAACACAUACGACGGGACUGUAACGGUCACCACCGUUUACGAUAUUCCCAUCCCAUCAGUCACAACAGCUUAUCGGACACUCCACAAUCUAGCAGACACGAUCCAUAAUAAUUCCCCAGAAAUAACGAGACAAGCUCCGUUCUCUGAGUCAAAAUGUAUGAACACUUUUAAUGGUAACUCUCUUAUAUUCAGUACAACAUAUUACAGUAAUCAAAGGAACAAAGAACUCUCCACCCACACAUCACUUCAAUACACACUCUCUUAGACAAUGACAUC